CCGGCCUGCUGCACUGUCCCUCAGCCCCGGGGCCGGGGCCGCGCGUGUCCGGUGCCCGGGUACGGGGACCUGGGCCUCGGCCUCGGGCGCCUUCUCCUGGUCCGCGCUGGCCGCCCAGUAAGGGGCCAACGUCUGGCCCAGUCUGCCCCAGCUCCAGGGCACUGGCAGUCGGCACUGAGAGGGACCAGCAGAGAGAUGGGCUUUGCCAUUUCAGGUGUCCCACCCCACAGCCUGCAGCUUCCUAGACUCUCCGCAGCCCCCACCCCUGCAGCCAGAGGCCUAGGCUGCCUCACAGCCCUUGUACCUAGGUGGGCUGUGUGUGACCCUCACUUCCUCUGUGCCAGGCUAGUCUUGGCCACCUCUCCAUGUUGCUUAGACAGGCAUCCAUAGGUGGAGGGAGGGCUUCCAACCACCUCACCACCAUCUGACCUGGUGGCUGAACAGAGUGGACUGUGAUGGGGGCUCCCAGGCUGUCUGGGGUGUGCACUGGGGUCUGCAGGCUGCAGUAACUCCAGAAACCUCUUCCCUCUGCCAAAGCUGCCUGGAUGAGCCCUGAUUUGCUGCUGUGGCUUGGCUCCCAGGCCCCUGUGUCUAGACAAGGCUGUGGCUAUGCCAUCUGGGGAUGUCUGGACAAGGCUGUGGCUAUGCCAUCUGGGGAUGUCUGGACAAGGCUGUGGCUAUGCCAUCUGGGGAUGUCUGGACAAGGCUGUGGCUAUGCCAUCUGGGGAUGUCUGGACAAGGCUGUGGCUAUGCCAUCUGGGGAUGCACUCGGGCCUCCUCUGGAGCUUCUUCCAUGGGUCUGAGAAGUUCCUGGGUCGCCCAGGUAGGGUCCUGCCAUUGUGGAGCAGACAGGAAUUGUGGUCCCUGCUGGGUCUCCACUGUGAGCACUGGGCUUCAUGUUUGCCCUGGCCAGGUUCCUGUGCCCCUGGGUCACUGUUUGCAGCUGGUGACCAGGGCUCCCAGGUGCUGAGGGGACAGGUAGCACAGAGCUUGGGGUGAGGCCUGGAGACAGCCCAGCAUUCUGAACAGGGUUCUGUGUGGGGCUCUGCCUGCUCCUCAGGAAGAUGAGGGGCGAGCAGGGAAGGGCUGGGAGCUGGUUGAAGGAUUCCUUGCACAGCAGCUCUGGCUCAGCUUCGCCCCAGUUGCAGACGUCAUUGCCCGGCACUUCCUCCUGUCCAUGGCACAGGUUGGCUGGCUCUCGCUGAUCUACCUGGUGGUGUCCAUCCCAUUUGGCAUCUUGGCCAUCUGGGUCCUAGACUCUGUGGGGCUCCGAGGGGCGACCAUCCUGGGUGCAUGGCUGAACUUUGCUGGGAGUAUGCUCCGCGCCCUUCCCUGUGUGGCUGCCUGGGUCCCCAACACAUUUGCCUUCUUCAUGGGUGGCCAGAGCCUCUGUGCCCUGGCCCAGAACUUGGUAAUCUUCUCUCCAGCCAAGCUGGCCGCCUUGUGGUUCCCAGAGCAUCAGCGAGCCACAGCCAACAUGAUUGCCACUAUGUCAAAUCCCCUGGGCAUCCUUGUGGCCAAUGUGCUGUCACCUGCCCUGGUCAAGAAGGGAGAGGACAUCCCUCUAAUGCUUGGAGUCUACACCAUCCCUGCAGGCCUGGCCUGCCUGCUGGCCACUGUCUGCCUCUGGGAGAGUGUACCCCCCACCCCACCCUCUGUGGGAGCCGCCAGCUCCACCUCGGAGAACUUCCUCCAGGGGCUCAAGCUGCUUCUGCAGAACAAGGCCUAUGUCAUCCUGGCUGUGUGCUUUGGGGGUGGCAUCGGGAUCUUCUCCAGCUUCUCGGCUCUCCUGGAGCAGAUCCUCUGUGCCAAUGGCUACUCCAACGGGUUCUCGGGCCUCUGCGGGGCUCUCUUCAUCGUGUUUGGGAUCCUGGGGGCACUGGUUCUUGGCCUGUAUGUGGAUUGGACCAAGCGCUUCACUGAGGCCACGAAGAUAGGUCUCUGCCUUGCCUCCAUGGCCUGUGUGGCCUUUGCCCUGGUGUCCCGACUGCAGGGGCAAGCCCUUGCAGUGGCUGCCACCUGCUCGCUGUUUGGGUUCUUCGGCUUCUCUGUGGCACCUGUGGCCAUGGAGCUGGCGGUGGAGUGUGCCUUUCCUGUGGGUGAGGGUGCAGCUGCAGGCCUGGUCUUUGUGCUGGGGCAGGCCCAGGGUGUGCUCAUCAUGGUGUUGCUGACGGUGCUGACUGUGCGGCCCGAAGAUCCAUCCUCCUCCACCUGCCAGCAUGGCGAGGACCCGCUGGACUGGACAGUGUCUCUGCUGCUGAUGGCCAGCCUGUGCACCCUCUUCACCUGUGUCUUGGUGCUCUUCUUCCACACCCCAUACCGGCGCCUGCAGGCUGAGUCUGCAGGACCCCCCUUGCCCUGGACAUGUGCCCCAGAGCUGAGGGCACCACCUGAGGCUCCUGGCUCAGCACCUCCAGCUCAGAGGCUGCAAGAACCUCCUGGCCCUGCCUCCUGCCUUCAGGAGCCCAAGGACUCACAGAGACUGUGAGCAGGGGUGUCUCAUGAAGGGAGGUGGAGAGGCAAUCUCUGGUCACCGGGACUGUGACCACCGGCUCAGGGUUUUUGGCACACCCAGGGCAUGGCAGGAUUUGGCACUAUGGACCCUGUGCAGACUGUAUAGCUGAAGCAAGAAGAGCUGCUACUGUAUGGACACUGACCAGGGAAGACAGCCCAACACAGGGCAGUGUAGGUUGGUGAGGUGGCCUGGCACAACAGCAGGGGCUGAAGGGGAGCUGGGUAUGAGGGACCUGGAGUGGACAGGUGUGGGCACUUGCUAGAAGGAGCCAAUCCCUGAGCCUCUUCUUCUCUGCUCAGUAUGGGGUGACCACACACUGAGGCUGAUGCUAAGACAGGUGGGCAGGGCUGCCAGCACAGGGGCCCCAGGCCGAUGCAGACUCUCGGGCAGACACUGGCAGGCAGAUGUGUGGGUCCACAUUUAUUGAACUGGACACAACCAGGGCUGAGUAGCCUCACUCCUCCUUCUCCUCCCCAUGGGUGAGCACGUAGCUCAGCGCCUUGUAAUCCAGGUUGCCCGCUGCGUCGAUGGAGGCGAACUCCAGCAUCUGGUCCACCUGAAUGAAGGCGAGUUGGUGGGUGGGGGGUCAGGCCUGGUGGAAUGGGUGGCAAGAGGUCCCCACACCUCAGCCUCCUAGGUGCUCUGGAUUACAGGUGCUGAACUCCA